GGCAGUGUCCGGCCUCGUGGAGGUAUACGGUGGUGCGGUAGACGAAGCAGGCGGCGGGGUAGAAGGAGGAGAAGGGCUGGUAGUGUUGCCCGGUUCCCGUAACGCAGAAACCAUCGAUCACCAAAGGAUAAACGGUGGCGGCGGCGGCGUCGGCGGUGCCGGAGGCCUCGGCAUUGAUGUUGGCUGGAAUCCGUUCGCGUGGAAGAUAGGAAAAGUGAGCCCAAAUUUGGAGCCGUACCCCGCCAGCGUGGAAGGGCUGAGUAGCCCGCGGGCGGUGGGGAUGGCCGCCACCGCGUACAUCUCGCCCGGCGCCGAGCUGGACAUGGCGCUGGGCGGUAGCGGUGGCGGUGGCGGUGGAGGAGGCGGCGGCGGCUACCAUCAUACAUCCUCGCCGCGCAGUGCGGCCGAUGCGAACGAGAUGAAGUAUAUGCAUCACCAUCACCAUCACCAUCAUCAGUCGGCUGCGGCGGCAGCGGCAGUGGCGGCCGCCGCCACACACCACCAUGCCGCCGGUCUGACCGUACCCUCAAGCCCAUCGCCCAAUCCGGCCGGUCUAGGGUCGGUAACGGGUGGGCUAAGUGCGACACCCUGGGGCGCCCUGCAACCGAGUGACCCGUGGUCGCUUCACGUCGCCCAUUCGCAUCCUGCCCAUUCGCACCCGCACGCUCAUCCGCAUCCGGCGGACGUGAAACAGGAGAUGCACCUGAGUCAACAGGCCCGCCAGCAAGCCGGUGGCGGUCCGGGCGGUGGAGGUGGCGGUGGCGGAGGAGGCGGAGGAGGCGGAGGCGGUGGGAUGACUUCACCGCACGGGUGGCAUGCGCCGGUACAUGCCGGUGCCCAUUAUGCCACCGGUACCGGUUCACCGCUGCAGUACCAUGCGGCCAUGAACGGUAUGCUGCACCAUCCGGCCUCCCAUCAUCAUCAUCCCGCGCAUCACCAAAGUGCGGCGGCCGCUACGCCGUCGUUGCAUCCCUCGCUGAGGGGUGAAUCGCCCCAGCUGCAUCUGCCACCACAUCACCACCACCACCAUCAUCACCAUCACCUGCAGGGCGACCGGGACGUGAGUGCGGGCGAGGAAGACACACCGACGUCCGACGAUCUGGAAGCGUUCGCGAAACAGUUCAAGCAGCGCCGGAUCAAGCUCGGUUUUACGCAGGCCGACGUUGGUCUGGCGCUCGGCACGCUGUACGGUAAUGUGUUCUCCCAGACGACGAUCUGCCGGUUCGAGGCGUUGCAGCUGAGCUUCAAAAACAUGUGCAAGCUGAAACCGUUGCUGCAGAAAUGGCUCGAGGAGGCCGACUCGACGACCGGUUCGCCAACGAGCAUCGACAAGAUAGCGGCCCAGGGCCGGAAGCGGAAAAAGCGCACCAGCAUCGAGGUGUCGGUGAAGGGUGCGCUGGAGCAGCACUUCCACAAGCAGCCGAAACCGUCGGCCCAGGAGAUCUCGACGCUAGCGGACAGUUUGCAGCUGGAGAAGGAAGUGGUGCGGGUGUGGUUUUGCAACCGGCGGCAGAAGGAGAAGCGCAUGACGCCACCGAACACGAUGGGCGGCGACAUGAUGGACGGUAUGCCGCCCGGUCAUAUGGGGCACGGUGGGCAUCACGGUGGCCAUGGUGGGUACCAUCCGCACCAUGACAUGCACGGUAGCCCGAUGGGUGCGCACAGUCACAGCCACAGCCCGCCGAUGUUGAGCCCGCAGGGUAUGGGCGCAACCGUCGGUGGCCAUCAUCAGCUAGCGGCCCACUAGCAAUCAGAGCACCAGGAGUCCACGGCGGCUCAAGCGGCCCAGGCGGCGGCAGCGGCACAGGUGGCGGCACAGGCGGCCUUCUUUACGCCGAUACACCACCCGCACGCUCACCACCACCAUCACCAUCAUCACCCGCAUGCCUACCAUCAUCCGCACGCCCACCAUCCGCAUCAUGGUGCGGCUGCAGCGGCCGCCGCGGCAGCCGCAGCAGCAGCAGCAGCUGCUGCCGCGAUGGUCGGUGGCCACGGUGUGUAUGGAUCUGCGUCGUCGGGCGGGGGAGCAAGUGGGGCGGCCGGGGAGCAGGGAAAUAGCACGCAAGUGUCCCUAUCAUCCGCGUCGCCACCGGCCUCGUCUGGGUCUUCGGCCGCCCAGGCGACGGGUGCCAGCGGUCUCGGUGAGGGUGCUGGUCAGCAGCCACCCUCACAGUCGUCCACCGUACCGGCAACGUCGUCGUCUUCACCUGCGCCCACAAGUUCGUCAUCGUCUGCUUCGUCAACGCUGGCCGCACAAAUGUACAUAGACCAUCAGCGAAGUCAGCAGCAACAGCAGCAGCAACAGCAGCAGCAGCAGCAGCAACUGCAGCAGCAGCAGCAACAGCAACAGCAGCAGCAGCAACAACAUGCUCAAGCUCAUCACCAACAGCAGCUGCAUACGAGACGACUCUUGCAGGAAUGGACUCUGCAGUUCGGACCAACCGGAACAGCAACUGGUGCGCGUUACAUUUAGAUGGAAUCACAUCGAAAAACAAAACAAAACACACAGCAAGGAGAGAGAGAUAGUUACAGAAGAGAGUAAAAAAAAACUACACAUCCACACACACAACACGAAAGGAUACGAAAGCCGUCAGGAAGUGUAAUGUUCCGGUCGCGGAAAUCGGAACACUUCGGGCGGGAGCUUACGGUUAGGGUAGAACGUAUAUAUAUAUAUUAUAAAUAUUGAAACAAAACAAACAAUCUAGGUAUGUUAAGUAGCUAAGGAGCAGCUGCGGGAGUGUCCCUCCCGUGAAUCACGUCACGGCCGCACACCACAGAUAAGGAUGAGCGUAGAAUGAUGAUCCUCAUGCGUACGAUCGCAUAAGUACCGCAUUAAAAAAAAGAGAGAAAGAUAGAAAGAGUACCAAAUCAAACCACUAACGUCGAGUGACAGGCUACUACUACUACUACUAUUCGAGUAGUGCUGUGUGAUCCAUUGUCUGGUUGUGUUUGCGCGCGCGUGUGUGUCUGUGUGUAUGUUAGUGCGCGAGUUCUCGAGAUCGAAUUGUACAUAUACUAAGUUUCGGGGAGGGUCAUCGGUUCAUUGAACGAGAAGUGUAAAGAAACAGGACACGGGCGAUAGGACACUUCACGGUUGUAACGCUAGUGUGUAACAGUGUAGUAACGCGAGGACAGCAUUAAAGACAAAGAAAAUGGCCCCCAAACCAAAUUCUGGAGGGGAAAAAACGGAGGAUAGUUUACGCUACGAAAUCUGCGAUCUUGCGGAAUCUGAGGCGAUUCGGUUCGGUUUAUAGUUGUGUAAGUGCGAAAUGCGUGCGAAAUAUGUUCGAGAAAAGCAAAAGAAAAAUUGUGCAUUGGAAAAGAUUUAUUAAAACACAGCUUCAACACCGUUCUUUUCUCGGGGAAGUUCCUUUUUUCCGAGACACGGUUUAAGUUGCAAGUGGAACUGAAGACAAGUAGUACAGGAUUUGAUUUCGUGUUUCUGUUUUGUUUGAUUGCUUUCAGUUUCAGUUUCCGCUCGAAAGGUUUUUUUCCGUGGAUGUUUUGUACGGUGAUUUCCAACAUUAUCAACAGGAACGUUCAUGGUGGAUAGGAAGCAAAAAUCGUUGGUGCGCCUUUACAAUGUCCGAAAUAUUCAAACAAGCCGUGUGUUGUGUGAGACGAAUGGUGUUUAGCUGAUGGUUUCGCAUCGUUACGUUGGUGAAUUUGGCGCCCCGGUCAUUCAUCUAAAUUUUUGUGUGCGCUUUCGUCCGGUGGUCCGGUAAGGGCGACCUCCCCAAAAACAGUGAGGUGACGCAAUUCGGUGGCUUUCUGCACAGCAAAACGAAUAUACACCCCGCAUUACGAUAAUUUCACAACCGCUCAAGUAAGUAAGGUGACAAGUUUAAAGUGGGGUAACAAAAAACCGCUUUUUUUGUUCUUUUCGAUUGUGAUGUGUGAAUCUCACCUCGAUCUCCGUAACCGUGGUAUUGCCGUCGGCCCCGAUAUGCCGUCGGCAAACUGUGUGCAAAGUCGUUGUUGUGGCUGUGUGUGAGAUUGUAAUUGUAAUUGACGCUGUGUUACACUGUUAGAUCCCUUUUUUUAGUGUGUUGGAACUAGCAGCUCAAACAAAAAAAAAUCGAUAUUAUUUUUCAAGGCUUUGUUUCACUCCACAGAACGAUCCUUCGGUCGGUUGUGUAUUUGUGUUUUUGUCUGGGUACAAAACGUUAUGCCCCGGUUUUGUGCCGGUUUUCAGCUAAAUUUGUUUUGUUCUUCUUUUGUUUGAUCGCAAUUUGUUUGUGGGGGAAAUUCCGUUUAGUGGAUUUUCCGGUGACCUUGCGGAUCACCAUCAUCAGUUCCUGCCACACUUCUGGUAAUAGCCGUUCCCGAUCUGGCCGAGAUCUGGUCCAAUCGGUGAAAUGGAAAUUCCACAGAAGCAAAUCGGUCAUAGUCAAAUAUGGCACCAAACUUACUACCCUUGCGCCAGGGAAUUUGCGGGUGCCGAGAUCCUUUUUUUCUUCGUGGGGUUUUUCCACUACGUUCGGUCUGGUGUAAUUUCCCUCAAGGGAGCAAUUUGUGUGCCGAUCGUGCGGGCUUUUGAUCCUCAACUAUUUGUUUUGUGACCUCACACAUUCCUUUCGGUAGUCGGCUAAGAUUAGGGAUCGGUUUUUGUUUUGUGUGUGAUGCGAUUAUGCGAGGCAUGGUGGAUUUUUCGUGAUAGGAUUGCCACCGAGGAGGGUUAUAACCGUUUUACUUAAGCUUCUAAACUCCAUCGCACCAAGAGGUUGCAAGUGGGCGUGUGUAGCAUAAGUGCAAGAAAGAACGGCACAAACGGCUCAAUUUCGUACUAAUCAUCAACUGUGUUGUCUUAGUCAUCGUUACCGCUUACACAGAAUGCUUUUUAAAACCAGAAGCAUUUUUGCAACUUAACAAAAAAAGAAGGAAAAAGGUUGUUAAGAAAUCGGAAGGAUGUGCGAAACGCAUUAAACACAAAAACAUCGUAAAGAUGUUGAAUGAGCUUUGAAAGCGCGUUAAAAAGCGCAGAGCAAACGUAACCUUUUUUUUUUAAAAGAGAGAGAAAGAGAGAGAUACCCCAUUAGCCAGCUAAAUGAUAGCCUGCCAAUUGAAUUCAUGUUGAUGUUGAUUUAUCGAUUCACUCUUCUCGUUUCGCGUUUCGUGUUCGAAAAACGCUUCAUUAAACGAAAACGUUUUACAGUUUUUGUUUCUGUUCUUUUCCAACAAAAUGAAAGGGGGCAAAAAAAGAAACCAUUGACGAAAAAUUCGGGCUCCGAAACGAAUUGACACAGGGUAAUCAUUUAGUGCAAUAAGAAAAUUAGAGACGCAAACAACAAUGAAAAAAAAAAACGUAAAAUUGUACAAAAAAUGCUCAGAACCAACAACUGUGCUGUCCUGGACAAACUGUCCUGGGUGCACACGGCAGCGGCAAACUCUCUGAUGCUUCUUUGCUCAGCAUCUUCUUCUUCGUAUUCUUCUUCUUGUUAUGUAAUGUGUAGUAAAAUGCAGCCCAUGGUACAGUGCAUAUCGGUGCACCAUGUUGCAGCGGGGGGAAAAAACUAACAAAAAAACGAUACGAUCGCGGGUUCCCCGCAUUUUGGAUGCUGGUAAUAUGUGAGAUGGAAAUCGAUUUCGAGAAAUCUGCCAACACACACUCACACACACACCUUCGUCUGGAAACACGAAAACAUUGAUAAGGGUAUCGAAUUGGGAAGCAUACGAAAUAAACUGUUGUCGGAACCAAAAUCAUCCACCAGUUGGAAGAUUUAUAGUAAAAACAAAGCGAGAGCAAGAGAAAGAGUAUGAAGGAUGGGUUGAAAAUACUAGAAAUCUUAAAACAGCAUAAACGAACCCACGAUAAAGAUGAGAUGCAUUUGCCGAAGGUGCAACAAUAGUCAUAACACACCUGCAUGCAAUCCUCCAGGUGGUUUGAAUGAGGAAAAAAACACGAAUGAAUACAAGGAUAUUAACGUAAUAAGGACAGUAGUAGUACUUUGGUGUGUGUGAGUGUGACGAAGUAGUAAAAUCGGGUAACCGGUGUUGUACCAUAAUACAGUACGAUCGAGGAAUCGAAUACAAAAAAAGAGAAGGGAAACACAUAAGGCAACACAACACACAGAAGACAAAAGAAACAAACAAAAAAGGGUAUAAGUACAUUACAUACUAGAAACAAAACGAAUACAACACAAAUACAUGCAUAUACCGUUAAGCGUUAAGUGUAGAAUGAAUAUGAACCCCUUUCCUAGUGGUAACAGUGGUGUAUUUUUUGUUUUUUGCACACCCAGUUUGGGGUUUUGCAAAGAAACGUUAAUGAUAAAGUCUAAGCAAAUCUUCUAUACCCCCCUAUGGCGUAGAAAAUAAAGAAAGCGCAAACAAAAAAUAAAUGCACAUGCCGCCUCCCUUCCCUACCCCUCCUUCCCCCUUAUUUCCAAAAAAACAAAAACAACUCUUAAAAAGUAAACAAAACAAAAAUGCGUUACUCGAGAAGUGUACAUAAGUGUAGAAAAGUGUAUGAAUGGAUCGACGAAAACAAAACAAAAACAAACAAAAAACGAGUGUGGAUCGAAGCGGUAGUAAAAAGAAAAACCCCCACCCCCGAAUUGGGCGCAAAAACGUAUAAGAAUACAUACAAAUAAUCUAUUGCAGAAAAUAUAAAAAAAUCAGAAAACAUAAAAAACAUGUCUCCGUUUUAAUUGAUUUGUUGGCUGUUGAGCUAAUUUUGGGUGUCCGUCUGCGAGUUGGAGAUUUGAGCUUUUUUUCAUCUUCUAUUGUGUAUAUGUUUUUGUUUCCUCUUUUCUGGAAAAAAAGCCUCGUGUCCUCUGUGUUCGUUUCUAUUAGUAAGUUUUGUGCGUUGUUUCUUCACCUUUUAACUUUAGUUCGGUAGUUUGAUAUUGUUGUUUUGCUCAUCUUCCCUUUGUUUUACCCUAGCUCGCUAGUAGUUGGUUUAUGAAAUCAAAAUUUAGUUAAUAUUUUAUUGUGCUCGCUGAGCUUGAUGAAGCUGCAGGGUUGAUAAUCAAAAAAACAACAUACAAACAACGAUGGAAAGAAAUGUGUGACAUCUGGGAUGCAGUCGUUGGGAGAAAUUUUGUUUCACAAAAAAAAAAAAUGAGGGGCAAGUUGCUGGAUACGAAAACCCGUGCUUACGUGAUAGAAUGGAGUAGAUACGGUGGUGCAGGUGCUUAAGUUUAAUGUGACGAAUGCUUAACCAGAUAACCAGUUUAAGAGUGAUAGAGCAACUACUAAAUAGCUAAGCAAAUGGCACACGGCGAGCAAGUGUGAUCGCGAGUGAAGCAUUUUAAUUUCGUAACGUUUCGUAACGGCCAGUCUGUACGCAAAAUUUCACAGCGGGGAGCAGUGUGAUUCGGUUCCAAAAACGCUAAGUUUAGAAGCAAAUGGAUAACAGGGAUUGUGUGUUAAUGCGGGGGGGAAGAUGGUUAGAAUUGAGCUCGAACUUGUAUAACAAAGCACCAAAAGGGAUAACACGAAAGCACACCCAUGCACUCGUAGCAGCUCGAGGGAAAUGACAAAUGUAACAAAAGCAUAGAACACAAUCGAAAAAAGUUUUGUGCGAAAAAAACACAAGAAAUGAUACAAAAGUAAAGCAAGACAUGCAGCAACAGGAGCGAAAAAAAAACACGUAAAACAGAAGCACAAACAAACGAGAAAAAAGAGAAAGAGAAAAACGAAACCCAAAAAAGGAUAAGGCAACAUAAG